AUGAUUCCCUUAGUAACGGCGAGUGAACAGGGAAAAGCCCAAAUUUGUAAUCUGGCACUUUUUACAAGUGUCCGAGUUGUAAUUUGUAGAACUGUUAUCCGCGCUGGACCAUGUACAAGUCUGUUGAAAAGCAGCAUCAUUGAAGGUGAAAAUCCUGUAGAUGAUAUGGACUACCAGUGCAUUUGUGAUACGGUUUCUAAGAGUCGAGUUGUUUGGGAAUGCAGCUCAAAGUGGGUGGUCAAUUCCAUCUAA